AUGACGGAACAUAAAGAAAAAAGUGCGAGGAAGGGCUCGGAGGGACACGAAGUCAAAUACCAUGGGUUUGGCGUUCGGCACGUGCAGAUGAUCUGCAUGUCAUUCUCCAUGAUAGCGCUGUUACUGGCGCGCAGCAGUAUGGGGGUUGCCAUCCUUGCCAUGACAGAUGUUAAACACCAUAACGGAUCCACAGCCGAGGUGUACGAAUGGGACAAAAAGAUCCAGGGUCUGAUCCUAUCAUCGUUCUUCUGGGGCUACAUGUGCAUGCAGGUUCCAGCCGGAGUGUUGGCGAAGAGGUUCGGAGGCAAACCUAUUCUACUGGUAGCACUGCUGGCCAAUGGAUGCUUGACUGGACUCUUCCCCGUGUUAGCUGGUUUGGGUGGUUGGCCAUUAGUGUGCGUGACACGUGUGAUGAUGGGGCUGACGCAGGCGUGUCUGUUCCCGGCCAGUCACACGCUCCUCGGCAGGUGGCUGCCCACCAGCGAGAGGACGACUUAUACUGGAAUCGUUUACUCAGGAUCACAAAUAGGCACAAUAAUAGCCAUGCCUCUAUCUGGCUAUCUAUCAGAGACGGCAUUAGGUUGGAAGAUGAUCUUCUAUGUAACUUCUGCCAUCAUGUUCCUGACGGCAGCCAUGUGGUACUGGUUCUCUGCCAGCAGUCCUGGAGAGCACUCCAUGAUGACUGAAGAAGAGAAGAAUUAUAUUGAAAUGGGACUUGAUACUAGUAGUGAGUCAAGACAAAGACAGGCUACACCUUGGCGUGAGAUAUUCCGCACUCCAGCGCUGUGGGCAAUCAUGGUGUCCCACGUGGGCGGCAGUAGUGUCUUCAUCUUAUUCUUCGUGGAUCUCCCCACUUACUUGGAAAGGGGCAUGAAUAUUUCACUGAGAAAUAGUGCCACAUUAUCAGCGUUACCGUUUGUGGGUAUGUGGGUGGGUUCGAUUGGUUCGGGUAUCAUCUGCCAGAAGAUUUAUAACAAGGGCUGGCUGCCAUUGGGAGUUUGUAGGAAAAUAUUCAAUUCAUUAGCCCUAGUUGGAGGAGGCAUCGGUAUAAUAUGCCUCGCGUUCCUGGGUCCUGACCAUAAGAACAUAGUCGUCGGGAUCCUGGUCAUGGUGUUUUUCUUGUUUGGAUUUAUCUCAGCCGGUUUUAUGGUGAACCACUUGGAUCUAUCACCGCAGUUUGCUGGCGUGUUGUUGUCUUUGACGAACUUCGCUGGAGGUAUUGGAAGCAUCCUCACUCCAGUAGUAACCAGCUAUAUAUUAAGAAAUGAUCCAUCGGACAUCAGUCGUUGGAGGAUUGUGUUCUUACUGUUUGCCUCUUUGGGUAUCGGUACCAACCUUAUCUACGUCAUAUUUGGGAGCUCCGAGCGACAACCCUGGGAUAGUCCUGACUAUAAGGAUAGAAGGAAAGCCGAUCCAGAGGAAAUGGCGCCGGUAUUGGAUAAGAAAGUUGAGAAACAGUUAGAAGUUAACAAACAGCAACUAUAG